GGGGCUCAAUGGCACUUACUUCCGAGUAAAUACGCGUAGGAUCGGGUUAUACAAGCCUCGCUGCCCAAAUUAAAAAGAAUAAUAACCCGAAGGCGCUCAAUCUACUUUAAGCGCGGCUUAUUUGCAUCCAGAAACCGCCCCCUCCCCUCUACUGCAUUGGGCUGUUUGUGUUUUGGUACCCUCUGCUAUGAUGUCAUCACGUCUGUGAGGUCACGGUGCGCGGUGACGCUGGCAACGUCGGCGUGCCCUGCGUGCUACUCGCCCGCUUGCUUUUCUCGCUCGCUCCCCCCUCCCCCCCAUGCAGCUCUGAGGAGGCGGUAGUGGCGGCUCACGGGCAGCCCGGGGCCUAGUGGAAGGGGCCGGGCUGGCGCGGGCAGAGGGGCUCCCGUCGCCAUGGAGGGGAUGGAAGUGGACCUGGACGCCGAGUUGAUGCAGAAGUUCAGCUGCCUGGGAACCACCGACAAGGACGUGCUCAUUGGCGAGUUCCAGCGGCUUCUCGGCUUUCAGCUCAGCCCCGCCGGCUGCGCCUUCUUCCUGGACAUGACGAACUGGUACAAGCCCUGAGGGGAAGCAGGGGAGGCGGGUGGGCAAGGUGGGCCGCGGCUGCGGGGGGGGGGGGAGCGGCGCGUGGGUUGACGGUGUGGGUCUUGGCCGUGUCUUCUCGGGAGGGCUGAGCGGAGGAGGCCCUGGCGGGGCUGACUUCGCCAGGCCCAGCUCGCUCUCCCGGUCCUGGGGAAGUUGCCCCGCCAAGGAAGUCCGGGCGAGGGCUGGAUCCCGAACGCGCUGGCGGCGGGGGAGCAGCGUCGCGUCUCUCCUCCUUUCUAUGGUGGACCAGCUCCGUCCAAUGUAAACAACCUCAGUGUGACGCGUCUUCACUCGCGGAGCAUGUCAUACAAGUGCCGCCAAAAUAUAAAGGAGCAGUAGUCGCUUCUACCCCCCCUCCCGUCUGUAAAGGUAGUUGGAUGAGGCCCUCUUUCGACAGGAGUAGGCGUCAUCUUGGGUCCAAAUCCGUGGGUCGUCUUGUUCUCCUUAAAGGCUUCGUGCUUCGUGACAGGUUCCGUCAUGUUAUGGUUUCGUUUCUAAUUGUGUCUCUAUAUAUUCAGCAAUGCAAAAAGGGUGUCUGUUCGUUAGAGUGAAAGCCAGAGUGCAAGUUCACAGGCCAGAUGUUUUCUUCUUAGUUGGAAUACAGUUCAUAUAAUCUCAGUGGUUGGAUUGCAUAGUGGGAAUGUGGAAUAUUAGCUCUUACAGGUUCAGAGUUUGGGAAAACAUCUUCUCUUGGGAUUGUUUACUAGUUUCAUCUGCCAGGCUUAUAAUUAAAAGUUGACAGUGUCUGAAAUCUGUGGUCAGCUGUCAUGGAUUUAUGUACAAUCAGAUAUUGAUUUGUUCUCUUUUUGAGUGUUUUACUUCACAGCUACCCUGUGAGGUUGGCUAGUCAUGUUAUUAUUAUUUUUUCUCUGUUGGGGAUUUCAAGCUCAGGGGCUGUGCAGUGAGUCCAUGACAGAAGCAAGGCUUGGAUUUCUAGAUCCAAUCCCAGUUCUCUAUCAGUAGGAUCACACUGUAAACAUUGGAGGUCAAAUAAUUUAUGGGCAACUGUAGACCAUGGGUUGGGCCAAUCACAUCUGUAUGGACCACAGUUGAAAAGGCUGGAAUCAUACCCAAUCACAACUUUAAUUACUUCCUAAAGAGUGUCGAAUUCUCAGGUUUGUAAACUAAAGGUUCUAAAAAGCCAUGCCUGCAGCGUGUUUGAAUGUGGUGGAGAGGUGUGGUGUUGGAGCAUGUUUUCAGUGGCUAGCUCUUCCUGUGUCUUUCUCAUACUUUUUCCCGCUAUCACUCUACUACAUGCAUAACUUUCCUCAAUCCCAUCACCCACCAAUUUUGCUUUACAAAAAUGCCACUCUAUUAAAAAUAUUAUAUUUGGAAAUAAAUGCAAAAAUGUGUGUACACAUAUAAAGUUACUUUGAGCAUGGGGUAUCCAACACAAUAGCAAAUUGAAGCUCAAACAGCUGAACAAGGGAACAUGAAAAAUAUAUUCUUGCCACAUUUCAACCAUACAUGGAAAUCCAGUUGAAAUUAAUGAAGUAAACAUGAUUAGGAUUGGACUGAUAAAUAAGACACCAGUAACUGGUUUUCUGUCUGGUGUAUCAUUUCUUUAUUUUAUUUGUCAGGUAUGUAUUUUACACUUUUUCCAAGGAUCUCAACUUGGUGUGCAUAAGUGUUUCAUUUUAUCCCAAGAAAAAUAAGAGGUAGGUAUGGUUAUGCCUAGACUAGAACCUGGUCUCUGUAGAUGAGAGAAGCUAGUGUCUGGAAUAUACAAUUUCAAAAUGUAGGUAGGGACUUGCAUAAUUGCAUGCUUCAUUGUGGGCGGAGAAUGAUUCCUACAGAAAGCAAGUAAGUCAAGAAGAAGAAACCUAUGAUGGCACUCUCUACCUUUACAUCAAGGUUAACUGUGUGAAGGGUUUUAUUUUGGUGUGCAGCAACAUUUUUUGGGAGCCCCCACUUGCUGUCUGAUGUUGUGACCCUUGGAAAAGGGUGUGGCCCAGAUGUAGAGUGCAGAGGUGCUAAAAAUAAUUGGUUUAUUUCAUUACACUUCCAGUUAAAAGAUCCCUGGUAUCAAUAUUCAUAAAGAUCCUCUCUUAGAGAUACUGGAGAUCUGCAUCUAAUUUGUGUCACAGAUAGUAGGUUAAAUUAACUAGUCUUCUACAUAGGGCAUGUAAAGCCAUACUAUAGGAGGAGAUCAAAUGCUUCUUUUUAAAUUUUAAAAUAACCAAAGUUCCAUGUUAUGUCUGAACUUUGGCUAGUUCAAUAUUUAUGCAAUGAUUUGUGAACAAUUUAGGAUCAUCAGCCAUGGUUUGACCUGUUGGAACUAACCAUAAUCUAAACUAACUAGAGUUCCCAGAGUUUAAACACAACAUAGGAGAGUAUGCAGGAAAGUAUGCAAGACUGACAUUUAUUGUAGCUUGUGCACAUAAUGCUAAAUUAUGGUUUAGGACAGGGGUCAGCAACCUAAGGCCCAUGGGCCGGAAGUGGCCUGCAGAGGUCAUUUGACUGGCCCAUGAGCCGCCCCCGAACUGAGUUUCUCUCACACGCGCUGCGCUAAACCAGCACAGCGCGCCAGGGAAAAUCGCGUCUGUACAUGCGCAGAGGCUGAAAAUCAUGGGCACGGGCGCUCACGCCGGUGCACAAUCCGGCCCAGGCAAGAUAAACCUUGCUAACCCCUGGUUUAGGACAUGUUGUUCUGUCCAAACUGACCUUUAUUGUUACAUUAUCCAGCUUGCUACAACUUUCAGUUUCUCCCCCCCCCCCUGGCCAUGUUCCCAUCUUUUGUCUGUUUACUAGUAGGUAAGUACAGUCAUACCUCAGGAUGAAUACGCUUCAGGUUAAGCAUUUUCGGAUUGCGCUCUGUGGCGACCCGGAAGUAAUGGAACAUGUUACUUCGGAGUUUCGCCGCAUGCGCAGACGCUCAAAAUGACAUAACGUGCAUGCACGGAAGCAGCGAAACGCGACCCGCACAGUCGCGUGUUACGUUUGCUUCAGGAUGCGAACGGGGCUCUGGAACGGAUCCCGUUCGCAUCCAGAGGUACAACUGUAGUAUUUUCAUGCCAACAAUUGCUGAAAGCACUGUCAAGAGUGGCUGUUUGGGGAGAUGUUGAACGCUUCCUCUAGUAAUAAGUGAAGUGGCCAGACUUGAGCAUAGUUCUCAUAGUUAAGUCUGAGAGCAGAUUCUAAUGUUGUAUGAGCAGAGGGUUCCCCAACCUUUGGGAGCAGAUCUUGAGGAUGAAUGGAGAGCUGUGAAGGGGAGGGAGAGGAAAUCUAAUUGAAUGAAAUGUGUUUUCUCUGAUCACAUUUGGAUAGUCCUGGAUACAACCUGAAGGGUGAGGUGGGGGACUGCCUACACCCAGAACUACUUAUCAAACCAGAUAUGUAGCUGAAUUAUGUAGGACUUCUGUUGAACAAUGUUGGUGUGUGUUGUAAUAGUAUCAAAUAAAACAAACAAACAUGUUUUUGACUGCCCAUAUCUGCCGCCUGCCUGUUGGUUGAGGAAAAGAUUAGGUCAGAAGUGGAAAACCUUGGAUAGGGGGUGGGGUGGGGGCAAAUGUGGCCUUCUAGUCCUCUCUGUCUGACAGUUGGGGCCCAUCUUAGAUUAUUCCCCCUACUCAGGCUAUGCCUCUCUCCAGCACUGUUCCAUACUCUCCUCAGGUUUUUUUUGCCUGCCUGGAAUGUGUUCGUGAACAAUAAUGUCUCUUGUUUUCCUGGAUGGAGGGGUGUGGGGUGUGUGUAUUUAUGUAUGUAUGUGUUAUUGUAUGUGUGUGUAUAGAAACCUCUGACCUUUGUAUGGCUGGCAUGUAGCCUACCUAAGAGUCAUAACUGUUGCUGCAUAACACUUUUGCCUCUGGCUCUGUCAUUCCUUGUGGCCCACUGAAGGUUCCUCAAAGGGAUUGUGACCCUGGGGCUGAAAAGUUUCUCACUGCUGAGUUAUGUGCUCCUCUCACUAGUUCAGUAUCUAUAGCCAUUGGCAUAUCAGUGUCCAGAUUCCCAUCUCUGUCCUGGUAAAGGAGAUGAAGGGGUAGUCUUGUAAGGGUUGAAGGGUAUAUUCUGCUCUGCUCCUUCUAAUUUGCUCCCCCCGCCCCAUUUUGGGUCCCUACAUUAUCUGUGGAGUAUUCUGUCCUUGCAUUCCUGUCCUUGCAUCCCUGUUAAAACUUGUGGAGUAGAAUUCCUGGUAGAUGUCUUGUGUUCAGAGGCCUGUAGUAAGACUCCUGUGAGGAGGCUGAAAAAAUAGGUAUUGUACAGGUGCCAUUCAUGCUUUUCUGUUUGAGUCUGUUAAUCUUGAGAACGUGUGUAGUUUACCCAAAUGGCCUUUUUUGAGCUUCAAAUGCAAUUUCCCAUCUUUUUCAAUCUUAUUUAUGUACUGAAGAGUUCCAUAGGUUUGUAGCUGAAUUUUCCUCAGGAAUACUAUUUGAUGCAUGAGCUGACUUGUCUUGCUGUAUCAUACGUAUCUAAUGUUAUGAUGUGUUACUAGGUAAAUAUGGCCAUGCAUGAAACUAGUCACGAUCUUAUUCUCUAGCCUAGUUAGUCAGUGGGAUACAUCAGUAUAUGCUAUUUUCUGCUGCUGACGAUUGUAACACUGAUGCAAGAAGGAUAGACACUCUGCAGGUAAACAUUAAAUUGGCACUCAUGAAAUUGUUCUCCCCCUUACUUUUGGCCCUCUGGUAGUGCCAGCAUAGUUGAGUUGCUGUACCUGUGUAACUUCGGUCCUCUUCCUGUGUUUUUAGUAGCUUGGGAGCUGCUAAAGAAUGGCACCUUUCACCAUUGCUCAGUACUACAAAAAAAAGAAGAAGAAGAAGAAAAAGAAAAAGAAGAAGAAGCCAAGUUUACAUGAGAGCUGCUUGCCAUGGCUUCUUGCCUCACCACUAUCAUUCCUCCAUACACUUGAAAUAAUGAUGGAAGGGGAAAGAGCUGUAGUAUAGAUUCCUUCCACAUGACCCUGAACUUUGGCUAUUGAAUAAUGUUCAAAGGAGUCAUGCUGCAAAUCUUAUUGCACCACUGUGGCUAUAUUACCCAGGAGAGCAGAUCUGAUGUGGCAAGGAAUCAUGGGGUAGGCUUCUUUUGAGAAACCACUAAAAGUAACAGUGAAAGAGAUCUUCUCUUGUUCUGACUUCACUUUCAUUCCUCUUAGCUGCACCAGAAUGUCCUGUUGACGAUCUUACCUGCAAAAGACCUUAAUUGCUGUAAUGUUUAUAGACUCUGAACAGUACAAUAUAUGAUAGGAUUGUGUUUAGAUUUAAAAUAUUUUUUUUAAAGUACUAUAGUGUUUUGUCCUUUGAGUUACAUAAUUUCACUUGGUCUGAAAAUAUAUGACAUUGCACUUUGUAGGAUAACUCCCCCCCCCCUUUACUGUAAACUACCCUGUGAUUCUCGGAUGAAGGGUGGUAUUGAAAUUUAAUAAAUAAUAAUAAUAACUUGUGGUCACUAAUAUGUCCAUAGGAACAGUAUUCCAUUGCUUUGCAACAAAAAUGUUAUUAUUUGAUAUUGGAUAGUACUUUACAAAGAGCCUGGUUGUUUUUUUUUUUUUUUUAAAAGGUUACUCAGUCUGAAUAUUUGAUAUUUGGGUGUAUAGCGAAGAUAUUUUACUGCCAGUUCAUCUAUGAGAAGUUCUGCUGUUUAUUAAAUGAUAUGCUUAAAAUGCUGAGCAUGCAUUCCAUUCUUCUCUUCUCCACUAGGUGAUACAUAAUCUAGAAAGCCUGCUGACUUUGAAAACACAUCUAGCACUUUAAGUUUAGAUACUGCGAUUAGUGAGCUGUCUUGAGCCAAUUUAGCAUUUAACAUUUUCUAACUCCUUUAACAUUAUGCUUUAACUUGUUUGAACAUGUUCUAGUUCUUUAAUGGUGUAGAGUUGCCAUCUGUCUGGUUUUAAACUGGCCUAAUUGUAGGUUUCACCUCUCUUUUUCCUUGGGUGGUGAUUGUUUUAUUUUUAGCUCAUUCUCAGUGGCCAGUAAAAUUUGCAUUUCUUUAAAUGAAUUGUAUACAUACACACAUGAGUGGGCUCUUCUGUUUUGAAGUUGAACAACCUCCCUGCAGUAAAGUUUACUGUAAUUUAAAGAUACUGGACUGCAGUGGUUUUGAAAAAGUGUAUAUUCUAAGCAAAUACCUGCUUUUUAGAGACUGUGAUAGAGUUGGGGCAUGACUCUGGGAUGAAACAGUUUAUCCUGACACAUUUCAAUCUGGAUUCAGACCUGGUUAUGGGACUGAAUCACUCUUGCUCACCGUGAUAGAUGACCUUUAUCUUGAGAAGCGCAAGGAAUAUGACCCUGUUAUUCUUGUUUGAUUUCUCAGUGGUUUUAGAUGUUAUUAAGCAUGGCAACCUUCUGAGCCCACUUAGUGUGGUAAGUAUUGGAGAAGUAUUGGAGGCAGGGUUGGAUUAAAAGAAUAGCGUUGGAUGAUUGUCUUUCAGUCACCUGGCAAUGGUGCUGUAAGGUGGCAUAGGAUACUAUCUUGUCUCCAAGGCUGUUUAAUAUUUAUAUGAAGCCAUUGGAGAUUUGGAGUGAGGUGUCAUUAUUACACUGAUACCCAGCUCUAUUUCUCUGUAACAUCUGAAUCAGGGGAACUCAUGGACAUCCAAUGAGCCUGCAUGUUGGAAAAUUAAGAUAAAGACGGUAUUUCUUCACGCAGUGCAUAACUGUGGAACUUGCUCCCACAGGAGGUGGUGUCCCUUCCAACUCUACAACUCUAUGAUUCUUUGAUCUAGUUGAGAUUCCUGCAUUGCAGGGAUUGGACUAGAUGCCCCUCAGGAUCCCUUUGAACUCUGCAAUUCUCAGAUUCUGUGUAAGUCCUGAACUGGUGCCUAGACUCAGUAGUGUGCUAGAUGAGGGACAAUUAACUGAAUUUGGCAAGAUGGAAGCACUGUGGGUGGGUGGUUCCUGAAUCUGGAUAAUUGGUCAGUUGCCUGCUUUGGACAGGGUCAUACUCCCCCUGAAAGAUCAGAUUCAUGGUCUGGGUGUGCUUCUGGAUCCAUCUGCCACUAUUGGAGUAUCUUCUAAGAGCUACAGCUGAUAUGACAACUGUGUCUAUUUCUGGACCAGGAUAGCCUGACCGCUGUCAUCCAUGUGCUGGUAACUCACAGGCUAGAUUACUGCACGGUUCUCUAUGUAGGGCUUCCCUUGAGGUUGGUCUGCAAGCUACAGCUGAUGCAAAAUGUGACUGCUCAACUGCUUGCUGGGGCAGCAUAUCGCCAACAUGUUGCCUCUCUGUUGAAAGAAUCAGACUGGCUGCCAGUUAACUACCAGGCUAUGUUUAUCAGGCUGGUUUAUAAAGUCCUAUACAGCUAGGGAUCAUGAUACCUGAAAGAGCAUAUCACUUGUUAUAUAUCCAAUAAAUCACUGUAGUUUGAAAGUCAGGGCUUCCUGCAGAUACCAUCUUAUCAGGAAGUCUGUUCCAUAUAAUGUAGUAAUUGUGCUGUUCAUGUGGUGGUACCUAUCCUUUGGAAUUCUCCCCUUAAAUGUGCUGUCUUUAUUUUUUUUGGCACCUACUAAAGACCUUCCUCUUUCAGCAAGCCUUUUAAACAGAGAUCUUUCCCAGUCUGCAUCUGUACUGAGAUUGUUUUAAAUAUGUUUGUAUUGGUUUAUCACUUACUACUUGCAGCCCUGUGCUCCUAUGGUAAGAAAGGCAGAACAUAAAGUAAAUAAAUAUACUUUUGGGGGGUAUUGGGUAAGAGCGAUUGGUAAAAAUAUGAAGCACUUCUGCUGGCCCUGAGCAGCUAUUGAAUACAACACAUUGAUUGUUUGACAUAUAUGGUAUUGAUUAGAUCCAGGCUACUAGCUAAACCUAUUUCUCACUGAAAUCACUGUGACAAGUUAGUGGUGACUUGAGUCCUGUUGAUUCAGUGGGGCAUAAGUGCAACUAACUUAGUCUGGAUCCAGUCCAAUGAACCUAAUGUCUAGGCUUGCUGCUGUUGAUCCUUUCAUUUCACUUUCACUAUAGGAUCUGCUCUGGACCCACCAUAAGUGCUUUGCCUGGCUAGAAUGUCCUUUAAAAAAUAGGGGCAUUUUUGCCAUUCAAGUAUUUUAUUGUUUUUUCACAUAAAAUAAACAUAAUUUGAAAUAUAAGCAACAACAAUAGCAGCUAGUCUCUUGCUUGCUUGGAUAGAGGAGAAUAAGGGAGGUAGCAUGGAAAAACAUGGCUUUUGGGUGGCUGGCUGGAAUGUUGUACAAAAUGUUUAUUCUGCCUGUUUGUCCUUCCGACUUGCUCCUUUGCUAGGGGGUAAGUAUCCUGUCUUUAAUUGAGGUAGUGGUGGGGGAAAACCACCACAGACACUGUAAACAUGAAGCUGCUUGUGUUCCCUUUCCUGGACAAAAAACCAGCAUCCUCAUUCAAAGAUGCAAAUUCUCUGCUUGCACCCACAUUGGGGGAUGUUGUCAUCAGCCAAACCUGCCAGGUGAAAGGGGAAGAGAGACAGGGUAUGUGUUUUUAAAAAGUGCCAAACUUUUAUCAGAUCAUCCUAGAAGAGGGAAGGUGGGGGGCAAAGCUAGGUCAGAUUCCUCUAGACAUGUCAACGCAGACAGAGAAGAGUUGCGGGCGGGAUCACAGUUCCAGAUUAAAAUUGUAACCCCACAAAAAUAUUUCCUUAAAAAUGUUUGGUGCUGGUAGCGUGGAAGUGACAUCUCCCACUCCACUUAAUAUCUCCAGUCCAGCAUGUGGAGAGGCACAGGUUCCCUAUCCCAGAUCUAGACAUUAUGAACCUGGUUGGGUCUGGAAAUUUCAAGGUGGGUGAUACACUGAAGCAGUUAUUUGUUAAAAUAGUUAAGAGAUUUUUGCAGGAUUUUAGAAUUUGAGCAGCAGUGAAGGUAAAGUGUAGUCUUGGUGCUUUGAAGUGCUAUACAGGUUGACUCAGGUCCUGACCUUGCACCAUUUUCAGAUUUUUCUCUGCUAAUGUGAGAACUAGAAAUUUAUCUCUUCUGGAAUAAAAACUGGGGUUCUUGGGAAACUAGAUACAUCAUGCUACAGUGCUUAUACAUGAAAAAUGCACCCAUAUCUAUUGCAAGCAUUUUCUAUGCAGAUAUUCAAACAACAAAAUUCAAAUACAUUUUAUUUCUAAAUAUUUUUGCUAGAUUCCUAACAGGCAGGAGUCAAAAAUAUUGAUAUGUUGUAAGCGCUAGCAUAUUUUUUUGCCCCGCAAUCCGGAUUUGGUGUCUAGAGAAAAGUGGCAGGUGAUCAGUGAGAGAGUGCAUCCAGUGUUCUCUGUGUGCAUGCUCCCCUGCAUCCAGGAGGCAUCUGUUGCAAUGAUGGCAUUGCAUUUUAUGCAAUACUACAGCGGUAGUAUCUGUUUCCUCCCACCCACCACCCAGCCUUUCCAAGCUUGGAAACACUGAUAUAUCACAGGUAGCUGUAUCCUGCUUUUUUUAGUUGAGGCGGAGCAGGGGGAUAACGGCAAACAGAAUAUGUUUUGUCCCCAGACAGAAAGAAGGUGAGCAGUGUUGGUGGCUGACUAUGGGGUAUUUAAUAGGGCUUCUGAGGUUUUUUCCAGUUUAGUAUUUUCAAUUAUUUUGUAUAAUGCCUCUCUCUGACACUCUUCUGAAGAGCUAAGUAGCUUCAUUUAAAAGGAGUAUCAACAGAGACUUUUUCUACAGACCAUGUGGUGAAUCAUAGUUAGUGUUGUACAAAUAAACCUAACUUCUGUAAUAUAACUAAAUUAUAAGAAAAGACGCUAGAGUAACUAACCUAGGCUGAAGAGGGCAGGUAAGGAGAAGACGCUUGAGGCAACUAACCAUACUAAUCAAAGGACUGUUUCUGGUCCCUUGGACAAGACUAGGAUGCACAAUAAAUGGGUUAUUUGAAAUGAAUAUGUGUAUGUAGAAUUUGUAAAGAGAUGUUUUCAGUAAGAUUUUUUUACAUGGAUACAAAUAAACUUGGGAAGGCGUGCGGGCAGGCAGGGGUUAGGUGACAGAAUUCCCAGAUGCUUUAAAUAGCCCUGAAGCACAAAAGCUCAUUUUAUAGUAUAUCAGUUUCAUUUCUGCUACAAACUCUGAUAGGCAGCCCUGUGGAAAUUUUGCUCUUCAAAGUUCAUGCUUGACUGUGAACAUACCUUUUGUAUUGCUACUGCUGGUGGGAGGUGAAAGAUUAUCUUGCCAUUCCCAAGGGUUUCAUUGAAAAGGUUUGAAAGUGUAUCUAGUCAUAGAAUAAUAGAAACUGAGAAUUGUAGAGUUGGAAGGGCCCCCGAGGGUCAUCUAGUCAGUUUCCUGAAAUAGGGUGCAGUUCCAAAGUGGAUGUUUACACUGAUUGUCUUCGCUUAAAAUCGAAUGAACUAAGAAAAAAUGCUGUUUGAAUUGUUACUGGUUCUUUAAUCAUAUGACUUUGAAGGUAUUCACCAUUAUUGUCUUCUCUCUCAGGUUUCUGUACAGACUCUGUGGGCGUAUCCUAGAAUAGCUCUGUGGCAAUGAGCACUUGUUCAGUUGAACUUCAGUCAGACAUUUGCUUUGUCAUCCUGACUCUGCUGGUGUUUCUUCUCCACCCUUGCUCUUUUCUAAUAUUUCCAUUUUUAAAAAUGAACUCUAGAAUUCACCAACCUCUUCUUAUUGAAAAAGUCAAAGACUGAAACUAACUAGUGCACUCAUUUUGUUUCUGAUAUAGCAAUGUAUAGACAAAUAUGCUUAAAAUACAUUAAGAGAAUGAGAUAGCAAGUCUGCUUUUCAGUUUGCAUUGCCUUCAGUUAGAUUUUAACAGGAACAGACAUUGAAACCAUUCCAAGUGGCAAAGCUGGGUGAUGAAAUAUGACACAUGGAGGGGAGGAGAAUUGGCAAUGAGCCCUGAUGCACAAAUAGCCCUUUCCCCUUUGAAGCAUAUUUACAAGAUGGAAAAUAAAAACAUUGCCAGCUGUGGGGUUUUCUGUUUUUUUGUUGAGAGAAAUAUUUUGAGAAAUGUUCCGCAAUAUGUAUUGUGUGGCUGUCAUCCCUAUAUCAACAUGGAAUAAUUUUGUUAGCAUUUAUGCACUUUACAUGUACAGCAUGGGGCAUCUGAAAGCAUCUGCAUUUUUAAUAGGCUGCAGGAAGGUGGUGGGGGGUUGGCUGGUGGGGGGCACUGUGCAGCAUGAAUUACUUUCUUCUUUUUCACCUCUAGUGAGUUCCAUCUCUGGUCAGAACAAAAGGGAAGAUAUUUCAGUGAAACAAAUUAGCAUAUUUACUGACUGAUUUGAACAGGAGUUUCUUGACAUAUCCCCAUUAUGAGUUACAUAAAGCUCAUUUUGUAUAGAAGCAGCUAGCAGCUGGUGACAUAAAGCAUUUGUUUCCACUUAGUGGUUAAUGUGACAUGCACCUAUCCCAUACCAUUUGACUGAGCUGGCAGUUUUAAAUAUAGCCCUGUGGUGCAGGAUUAGUCAAAGCCUAGAUCUCUGAUUGCCCAAGCACCUGAAAUAUGAUGUUGUAACUUACAGCUUGGAAACAUUUUUUUUCAAUAAUGUAUAAUGACAUUAUUGAUUGUGUGCAAUAUACACGCUCUCUGUGAGCUGAAUGGAACUGUGUGGAUGAGCUUUUAGGAUAUUUGUCGAGUGGGAAAUUUCUGCAACCCAUGCAUAUCAUGUUUAUAAAGCAUGCAUAGAAAUCCAUUGCUCACUAGCCCCUGUUUUCACAUAAAGGUAAAGGUAAAGGGACCCCUGACCAUUAGGUCCAGUCGUGGACGAUUCUGGGGUUGCAGUGCUCACCUCGCUUUACUGGCCAAGGGACUUGGCCUACGGCUUCCGGGUCACGUGGCCAGCAUGACUAAGCUGCUUCUGGCGAAGCAAAGCAGCGCACGGAAACACUGUUUACCUUCCCGCUGGAGCAGUACCUAUUUAUCUAGUUGCACUUUGUGCUUUUGAACUGCUAGGUUGGUAGGAGCAGGGACCAAGCAACGGGAGCUCACCCCAUUGCGGGGAUUCGAACCGCUGACUUUCUGAUUGGCAAGCCCUAGGCUCUGUGGUUUAACCCACAGCGCCACCUGCGUCCUUUUGUUUUCACAUAGCUGCCAAUAGUAACGACAACAGAGCCACCACCUCCUCCUUGUGUGCUUCCUUCACAUAACAGUCUGCAUUCUAGGAAAUCGUAUUAUCUGGAAAAAUCAGGGUAGUACUGGCGUGGUCCUUCUGCCUUUUAUCCGUUCUUUAAACUUUUGUUCAGCAAACAAAGAAUUCAAUGUGUUCAGUCCAGUCCACCCUGUGUACAGUGCCCAUAUGGAAUAAUGUCCAUAAGGUAUAGCAGAGCACUGUGUAUUCUUCUCCAAGUGGUCAUUCAGCAUGCUAGGCUGAUUCAGGAAAGGGAGGUCUGUGUGUGCCCUUAAAUCCCCAUCCAACUGUCCCUCUCAGCUUGGUCAAGAAACCAGCUUUCAUGUUAUUUGUUUGGCAGCUGAAUGAGGAGAUGGGAGAUCACACAGGCUGACUGUUCCAUGUAACAGCAUGGUAUAAUGUCUGUAUACAUGCUUACACUGCAGAGGUGUGGCAAACAGGGUUUCUGCAUAAUUGCUGCUGCUGGAUUUGAUUAAGUCUAUGGCUUGUUACAGUUUUCUGUUUUGUUUGUUUUGUUUAAACAUAUUUUUUCUUAAAGAUUUCUUGGUUUACAAAAGUAUGUUACAUUUUCUACAUAGCAGUUUCAUUUGUUCAAACAUUAGUGUUACAUUUGGAAGAAAAGGGGGAAAGAGGGGGGCAUGGUGAGUGGGGUUGGGGUCGGGUGGCAAUGCUUCUGUUCUGCUUAAUGUAUGUGUGGGGUUUUGUGUCAGCUUCGUCUGUGCAGGUUCUCUUUACUAUUUGCUUGUGUUCCUUUGGUGGUGAGAGAGGUUGGGGUUGGCCUAGGGUGUGGCUGUUUGUUUGUGAUUGGCUGUGGUGAACUUUGUUUUCAUCUGUGAGUGGGGUGGGUGGGUGUUUUUGUAUCAGGUUAGCCAUAUUGAUUCGUAUGCUGCUGGCAGAUUCUUGGCGUUGUUGCGUUGGGCUGUGUAUGUGAUAUAGGGGAGCCAUACCGGGGUGAAGGCAUCUUUUUCUAUUUGUUGCCGUAUCAGUUUCAGUUUAUUGGUUAGUUUUUUUAAUAAGGCUGUUUCCCAUACUAUUUGAUACCAUUGAUCCAUGCUUACUGCUGACAGGUCUCUCCAGUGUCUGGCUAUGAUGUUUCUGGCUGCUGAGAGUAGGUGGGUUAUGAGCUCUUUAUGAUGUGACUGGGCAUUAUUAUCUUGGAAGAUGUUUAGUAGGGCCAGUUCUGGGGUGACUUCUAAUAAUUGCUUAGUUAUUUUGCAUAUUUCUUGUAUGAUUGUUGUCCAGAAUAGUUGGAUUUUGGGGCAUUCCCAACACAUGUGGAGGUAUGUGCCUGUGGAUGUGCAUCCUCUCCAGCAUUUUGGUGAGGUUCCUUGGGCAUAUUAGCGCUAGUCUUGGUGUUACGUACUAUCUGUAAGUGAGUUUCUAUGGUUUGUUACAGUUUUCAGUUUUGUACUUAAACAUUGCUAAUUCUAAUGUCACAAACAAGCCAAUUGUAAUAUGAUUCGUAUUCAGGUUUUUCUUCAAUAUACUAUAUCUUAAUUUAUUCCACAAGUCAUGAUAAGUAUGUAAUGUCUACUGCUUUUUUAGCAUAAUUUUGCUGACAGCAAUUAUUUGAUGAGAAGCUUUUUGCUUUUUGUCAGAGUGUAAAUGUAAAUUGUGAAACCCUGUCUCCAAAAAACCCCAAAAUCUUAGAUUUCUAAAUUUAUUAUGGGAUAAACUUUUCUGGCUUGAAAUCCACUUCAUCAGAUACAUGAAGUGUAAUCCUCAGAUGCGUGAAGUAUAAUCCCCAGUUGGCAGGUAUAUAUAUACAGAUGACUGGAAAGGAAAAAAUGUAGAAGUUGAAGCUGAAUGGCAACGAAAUAUACAAAAAGUACAAAUAUCACACUGUACUUUUUGCAUUCCAUUGUCAGUUAGCUCCAACUAUAUCUGCCAACUAAGCAUUAUACUUUGUGUAUCUAUUGAAUAUGUUUCAUGUAUCUUAUGGACUUAAGCCCACAAAAGUUUACGCCAUAAUAAAUGUGUUACCUUAAAGUCUCAUAGUCUUAUUUUGCUGCAACAAACUUAACAACGCUAUCACUUAAUAAAUUACUUCCCCCUUCAGUUUGUGUUUAAACUUUUAGAGACUCAAAUGUCUUUGUCCAAAACAUUCACUAAUGUCUCUUUAUCCAUUUUGUGCCAGCACACUGCUCACUUCAUACCCACAAGACUCACAAGUCCCAUUCACAGGAGCUUUUCACAUUUGUGCUAUAUGUGCAGAGAAGUAACAGUAGUAUUAUAUUGGCUGGCCCUACCUUUGACAUUCUGAUGAUGGACAUGAUGUUUGCACAUCUGCAACGGGGUGCUUAUGCAUAUGCAGCUUUUUGCAGAUACCCCAUCUCCAUGGUGGACAUUGGGGAUGGGACCUAUAGGAACAAUCCCAUUCUUCCUCCAGAUGUAUAGUCUGCACAAGAACACUAUCUUUGAGAAGGGCUUUAGUCACAAAUCUGAGAAAGUAAUGUUCUCAUGUUUUAAAUGGGAUACAUUGUUAUUUUAUUAAGGGGUUAUCCCUAUUGCAGUAUGGUUAAACAAACCUUUUAUUCUCUUUCCAGGAACUUACAAGCAGCCAUUGGAGCCUACUAUGAUUUUGAGAGUCCGAACAUCAAUGUGCCCUCCAUGUCAUUUGUUGAAGAUGUGACCAUAGGAGAAGGAGAAUCCAUCCCUCCUGACACUCAGUUUACAAAAACAUGGAGGAUACAAAACACAGGUAAAACAACUCUUCCUGGCUUCUUCUUGCUACUGGUUGAUGAUUCCCCUCCUAAUUAUAAUACAAUACAAUACAAUACAAUACAAUAAUAAUAACUGUUUUCUGUAAGGUUAUUCAUGAGAAUUUUUAAAAGCAAAUAUGCAAGAAUGUUUUAUUGUAUUUUCCUUAACAAUAUUUUUCAUAGCAGACAGUAACAAGGUAAGAAUUGUUCUGUAGGAGUUGAAAAUGUUUCUUUGAUUUGCAUGUGAAUACCAGUGUCUGCAAAUCAGCUUGCCAUGGCAAGUAUCCUUUUCCUCUAGCAAACAUAAUGAUCCUCUGCCCUCAAGCUUGGAGUGCAGGAGAUCAUCUUUGCCAUUGUGCUGCAUUACAGAGUUUUUCCAAGUACUUUAGCAAACAUGGUGCAGUGGAGCUCUGCGUUAGAUUGAGUGGGGGCUGUCUUUAAUCUUAUGAUGUUCCUUUGGAGAUGCUUGAAGCCCCACUGUUUUACUGAAUCAGAAAUACAGGGUAAUGGUGACCACAAUUUUUUGUUGGCUAACAAGGCCAGCCAAAUUUAUGGAUUCCUGUUCCUUGGAGCCCUAUUCAGACAUUCAGCCAAAUGUGUGAGAGGCAUGACUGUUAAAUACAGUCAUUGACAAUCCAAGUCUGGUAGUUCUAACAUAUGUGGCUGAACAAUGGGUUUUCCCAGGUCUUUAUUUUUAUGUCCCAAAUGCUGGAAAUGCGCUAUUUUUGUUGCAUGUCUUAAAUGCUAUGUAUCCAGAGAGAUAUGGAUGUCUCGUACACCCCAGGUAGUGUGGUUGCUGACCUUGAGCCAGACAUCCUGGAGAGUGAAGUCAAAUGGGCCUUAGAAAGCACUGCAAAUAACAAGGCCAGUGGAAGUGAUGAUAUUCCAGCUGAACUAUUUAAAAUUUUAAAAGAUGAUGCUGUUAAGGUGCUACACUCAAUAUGCCAGCAAGUUUGGAAAACUCAGCAGUGGCCAGAGGAUUGGAGAAGAUUAGUCUACAUCCCAAUCCCAAAGAAGGGCAGUGCCAAAGAAUGCUCCAACUACCGCACAAUUGCACUCAUUUCACACGCUAAGAAGGUUAUACUUAAAAUUCUACAAGGCAGGCUUAAACAGUAUGUGGACCGAGAACUCCCAGGAGUGCAAGCUGGAUUUUGAAGGGGCAGAGGAACCAGAGACCAAAUUGCAAACAUGCGCUGGAUUAUGGAGAAAGCUAGAGAGUUCCAGAAAGACAUCUACUUCUGCUUCAUUGACUAUGGAAAAGCCUUUGACUGUGCCAACCACAGCAAACUAUGGCAAGUUCUUAAAGAAAUGGGAGUGCCUGAUCACCUCAUCUGUCUCCUGAGAAAUCUCUAUGUGGGACAAGAAGCUACAGUUAGAACUGGAUAUGGAACAACUGAUUGGUUCAAAAUUGGGAAAGGAGUACGACAAGGCUGUAUAUUGUCUCCCUGCUUAUUUAACUUAUAUGCAGAAUUCAUCAUGCGAAAGGCUGGGCUGGAUGAAUUCCAAACUGGAAUUAAGAUUGCUGGAAGAAAUAUCAACAACCUCAGAUAUGCAGAUGACACAACUUUGAUGGCAGAAAGUGAGGAGGAAUUAGAGAACCUUUUAAUGAGGGUGAAAGAGGAAAGCGCAAAAUAUGGUCUGAAGCUCAACAUCAAAAAAACGGAGAUCAUGGCCACUGGGCCCAUCACCUCCUGGCAAAUAGAAGGGGAAGAAAUGGAGGCAGUGAGAGAUUUUACUUUCUUGGGCUCCAUGAUCACUGCAGAUGGUGACAGCAGUCACGAAAUUAAAAGACACCUGCAAGAAGAUCAAACCUAUGCACUCUUAAGGAAAUCAGCCCUAAAUGCUCACUGGAAGGACAGAUCUUGAAGCUGAGGCUCCAAUACUUUGGCCACGUCAUGAGAAGAGAAGACUCCCUGGAAAAGACCCUGACGUUGGGAAAGAUUGAGGGCACAAGGAGAAGGGGAUGACAGAGGACGAGAUGGUUGGACAGUGUUCUCAAAGCUACCAGCAUGAGUUUGACCAAACUGCGGGAGACAGGAGUGCCUGACGUGCUGUGGUCCAUGGGGUCACGAAGAGUUGGACACGACUAAACAACUAAACAACAACAUCCAGAGCUGGAAAGUAAUAAAACUUCUGCAGAAUUUUAGCACUUCAGUGUGUUCAGCUUCCUGACACGUUCGUACUUCGGUGUGAAUUACUUGUAAAAUUUUAAGUGAUGUAAAUAUUUUAUUACAUGUCCAAGUCACCAGCACAACAGAUUUUGGCUGCUGUUCUAGAGUUCAGAUGAACCCUGGAAGUUGAUAUAGUUGACUCUUUAGCUGCAAUUAGAAACAGAUUGGUGAAACUGUUGGGCAAUGGCAUAGGCUAUCUUGUUCAAUAACCAUUUUUUAAGGAUUAGAAAGGAAGAAUAAAAAGAAGUGUGGGAUAUGCUUGAUUUUAUUUCCCUUGUCUGUUUGGAAAGCAGUUUAUGGUGGGGGAGGUAAACACUGAAAGCAAUGGCAAGGGGACUCUUAAAAUAUUUUAGUUGCAAUAGCCAUUCAGAAAUAGCCUUAUCUCAUGAGUUUAAAUAAUAAUACUAUGAUGAAACUUUGAGAAGGGAUGAAAUGAGGUGAGAUGAACAACCCUUGGCACUAAUCUACUGGGAUAUAAUUAUGAGAGGGAAAUGAGAUCUGAUGCAAGGAAAUAGUUCUGCGAACAAAUAUUGCAAUGACAGGAUAUAAUCUGUAUUGUUGACCUAUGUAUCAGUGCUUUGAUUAUACACACAACUUUUGUUCAAAAUAAUUCCAAUAGAAAAAGUCUUGUCAUUAUAUUUUCACACAAAAUGCAGUUUUAUCUUUAUGGUGUCUGCUAUGGGGAUUAGAUUUGGCAUAGUAGGAAAAAAAUCUCAAACUAUUCAGGUAUUUCACAGAUUCCCAGAGCAACAAAAUGUUCCAGAAUUAACAUUCAGAAUAAAUGGACAAAGACAUUAAUGGCUCUUUUUCUAACAACUCGUUUGAUAAUUUUCCUUCUUUUAAAAAAACCCAAAACAACACAUCCCCAAUCAGAUUCUCAUGAAGUAUUUUAUGCGUGUUAGUGUCUGAUUUACCAGAAAAAAUGAGUGUUGAAAUGUUUCCCCCUUUGACAUUGGGAUUGGGGAUUUUGAUAGGGGAAACAAAAUAAUAAACUCAUAGCUUAAAUCAGUUGAUGUCUAUUUUUGGGCACUGUAUACGGAGAUGGGGCCUUAAGGAGGGUAAUUUCUGAUUUCUGUGUGGACUAAACAUUACUCUUUUUCUGAAAUAGUUGUUCUUUUUCCAAAUGUCUUCCCACUUGUUAAUCUUGCUUAGUGGCAACCCAGUUUAUUCAGUUUUGAUGCUUAGGUUUCUGGAGAAGAUAUCAUUGUUUCAAUGUAUGAAUUCAGCAUGUCAAAGGACUGAAAUGGUUCAAGAUUAUGUCUUCUUGCCAGGUGAAGCAAUGAAUCUUAAUGGCACUUGAAUAAUCCUUGUUUUAAAUGAGUUAUUUCUGGUUAUGAAUGAAUUCAUUCAAGAGUUUACUUGAAGAUUUUUGUUGCCUUAAAUAGCAAACUGUUGGAUACUUCAUCCAGUUGAUGAACAGAAAUUCAUAAUAUCGAAAAAAAUUCUGACAAGUUUUUUCUUUCCCUCUAUAAAAUACUAGUUAUGUGCCUGGUUUGUAUAAUAACAUUCUCCUCUAAAAAGCAGUAGAUGGGGGAAAUAUCUAUGCUUCUCUACAGUGCUUUUACUUUUUUUUGUUACCCUCCUGGAGAUCAGUAUGCCAAUACAGAAUUGCUUUCUAUCUUCUUUACCCACAUCCUUCCAUUAACAUCCAGUUUAAAGCCAUUUGCACACUAAAAUUCCUUCUGGUGUUAAAGAAAAUCAAAUAGAUUUUUAAAUGGAGAAUUUUUUUGUUACUUUGUUUCUCUGAGAAUACAGUGGUACCUCGGGUUAAGAACUUAAUUCGUUCUGGAGGUCCGUUCUUAACCUGAGGUACCACUUUAGCUAAUGGGGCCUCCCGCUGCGCGAUUUCUGUUCUCAUCCUGAAGCAAAGUUCUUAACUCGAGGUACUUUUUCUGGGUUAGCAGAGUCUGUAACCUGAAGCAUCUAUAACCUGAAGCGUCUGUAACCUGAGGCACCACUGUAUAUUAGUAUACAGACAUAAUUUAAACUAUGCCAUGCUACUUACUGAUUAAAGUAGCAUGAUUACUGAUUAAAGGAUAUCAAAUGAUUAUCCUUAUACAUUGUAGCUCAUGAAGCACAUUGUAUACACGUGUUACUCAAAUAUAUUUUAAUACUAAUGAUAAUAAUAAUAAUAAUUUUUAUAUUUAUACCCAGCCACUCGGAAAAGCACUAAAAACAAUAAAACUUCAGACAUUAAAAACUUCCCUAAACAGAGCUGCCUUCAGAUGAAUCAAGAGCUACUGUGUGUCUUUUCUAGGAUCUAAUCUUAACGUACAUUGUUGAUGCAUUGUACUGUUUUGUUCCAUAAUUACUUAGAGCUGGGAAUUAUCCUUAAUGGAGUUAAACUCAGAGCACAUCAAUAAAUUUCGAAAAUAUAUUUUUUAUUCAGUAAACUAGUGGAAUUAAGAACUUGGGCUUUCAGUCAUCUAGUUGUUUCUAUGUAAUACAUAAAGUCUAUCCAGUCUAUUUUGUGCCAUCAGUGUGGUGAAAUGGCUGGAAUUUAAAUAGUCUGCCCAUGCCAUUAUUCUAUUAGUUGUUAGGAUCUCUUCCUUAACUUUUUCAAAGUCAUUCUCAAGAUAAGCUGAAGCAUUUGUUUUCAGUUCCACUGUGAUGGGUCAGGUGCAGGUCCAGUUGUGACCACGUGGAGGUCUCUGGAUGCCAGGUUGGCAACUUGGGAAAGCAAAAUGUCACCUGUAGAAGAAUGAGACAUAUUUUAGUUGAAGCUUGAAUUUGUUUGAUUCUGCAUUGUAUUAUUUGAUGUUUUAAUGUAUUAUGAACCUCACUGAGAUUUGUUCUUUAAAAUAUAAUGCAGUAUAGAAAUGAAAUGAACAACAGCAAGCAUCACUGGAGGGAAAAUGGCACCUAGACAUUCCAUGGUGGCAACCAUAACCCAGGUUUAAGGUGCCAUUUAGCAAUUGGAUUAUGUAUCUGAGUUUCUAACACUGGGUGGGAUAAAUGCCACUUUUUCAGCUUGUAAUUGCUACUGUAUUGCUACAUUCCUUUCUUUAGUUGUUGUCUUUUAAAUUUGAGUCUUGAGCAAUCUGUUACGAGUUGCAGAAAACAAUGGUAAAAGGAAAACGAGACAACAUAGUCUUAAAGUUAAAACUGAGAAUUAAUACAUUAUUUUAGAGCUACAGGUCUCUGUAUGUAAGUUCAAUUCAUGUGAAUAUGCUACAGGUUCCCUUCCUUCCCACUUGUAUGUUCCCAGUAUUUCCUUGUCUGAUGUCCUCCAAUCAUACUUUGCCACAGUAUCUGAAGUGUCAGAUUAUUGUUAGUGCUAACCAGAGUGAGCAUUACUGCCAACCAAAAUUGCCCCCAAACUAGUUUUUGGAAAUUCAUUUCAAGCCAUGCUUUCAAAACAUGUUAUUGUUCAUGCUAAUCACAAAAUGAAGUUCAUGGUAUUUUCCUGGUUUUCCAAAUCACUUUGUGCAGUGUCAGAAAGUGAUGUUUGAGCCAUAGUGCUUACUAUUUAGAAUCAGUAUUUUUUAUUGUUGGACUACUAUUCUUAAAACUGAGACUUUGAGAGCAACAGCAACAAAAGCUUUGUUCAAUGGUUAAUGGAGACAGUCAAUACACCACAUAGACUUGCAUGCUCUUAAAUUAUAGCUGUUGGAAUGCUGAUUUAAAUUCUUCAGAGAGCCUUGGGGUUUGUGUGACAAUUCAUGUUAGAAUUUGAGCAGAAUUUUCUUUCUGCUCCUGAAAGUAAGGGUGAAUUUAGACACAUGUAUUUCUCAACAAAGCAGCUUUUUCUGAAUUCAUGAAUAUGUAAUUCAUGUCCCUACCAUAUAUUAAUGUGUAUGUACCAGUAGUUAAUGUGCAUAACAGAAACAUGCCUUUGACUGCUGCACAGAAGGAACUUUCACCUGUUGCAUUGGUGACAUGUCGUGUUCAUGGACAUGUGUAUCAAUCAGUUCAUGAUUGUAUGCAUCCGAGUCAGUCAUUACACUUAGCAAUGAAGAUGUGCAAUACAACUUCCUUUUACUAAGUGUUUACAGAUGUUUACACUUGUUUGAUGGGACGACACACAUUUUAAUGAUAAAUGUACUAUCUGUUAAUGACCAUUAAAGUAAUGCUUUAAUGUAAUCUUCACUGAAUCUCAGGGACAGAAGCAUGGCCUCCAGGUGUUUGUCUUAAAUAUGUCGGCGGAGACCAGUUUGGCCAUGUGAACAUGGUGAUGGUCCGAUCAUUGGAGCCCCAGGAGAUUGCAGAUGUCAGCGUACAGAUGUGCAGCCCUAGUACUGCAGGAAUGUAUCAAGGACAGUGGCGAAUGUGCACUGCCACAGGACUUUAUUAUGGAGGUAAGUGCCACCUUCUCAUAAGACUUUUUCUUACUUGCGACAUUUGAGCAGCCUUCUGUGUUGCUGGGACUGUUGUGAGAAUAAUAUCUGCUAACUAUUGCAACUCUACUUGUUAAGAGAAUUCCAGAACCGAGUUCAAACAAGUGUUCCUUUCCAUAUAACAUUUUGGACCUCACAAAAACCCCUUCACAUUGUAGCUAUCUUUCACAAAACAGACAAAUGAAUGUAAAUGUUUCCUUUAAAGGUGGCAAUGGCCACUGGCCUUUUGAAGUGCUGUCUGCUGUAUGAUCCUCCCCACCUUUUGGCAGGUGUGAGACAAAGAUCACUGUCAGUGUGUUGCUGAAGAUUGCUUCCCUUAAAGAGGCCACUGCAGCCCCUUUUAGGGGGGCAAUGCACAACAUGAAUGUUUUAUUUUUAUUUUUCAAAACUCAGAUCCUACCAACCUACUGAGGAACUCAAUAUCAUUAACAAACUAUUUCAAAAUAUAGAAUAACUUCUAAGUUAUGGGAAACUUUGCACAUCUUAAAAAGUUACCUUUCAUGGCAAAGCAGCAACAACCGCAAACAAACCCUGAACCCAACAAAAAUUCCAUGUAAUUCCAAUACUCUUUUAUAAUCCAGGACACAAAUCAUUUCAAGUGUUUGAAAAGUGGCAUGUUACAACUUCAGGUAUUAAUUGUUAGGUUGAUUCACUUGUCUGUUUUACUGUGUAACUAACAUAGGAGAGAUGGAACGAAAUAUAUUGAAAUAACACUGAACAGAAGCACUUUAAACUGCAACAUUAGUUGUAGAUCCUACUUGUGAGAUUUGAUUGCCAAUUUUUCUGUUAAUUUUUAUUUCCUGUUGAUGAUUGGCAUGUUUAACAACUUUCACCCCCAAAUGAUGGUAUUUCUUUCAAGUGAAAGAUGUGACUUCCACUGAAUUUUCUUUUUUGGAGUCUUUUUGUAUAAUUAUUUUCAUGCUUGAGAAUGACUAGAAUAAAUACCAAGAUUAACAGAAGGUGGCAGUAUUUCACUAUCUUCAAACUUUCAGAAUGCCGGAUACUAAAACAUUCAGGCUGGCUUUGAGCAAACAACGAGCCCUGUUGUAAUACCUCCCAUGUAUCUGAAAUGUGGUCCAUAUUGAUAUUACAAGGAUUUGGCAUUUUCGUUUCUUAAUGUUUGAUAAUAUAAGCAUCAUGUUGUUUGAGAGGUAUUGAAAUUAAGUAAAAUUGCAAAUUGUAUUUUGUGCUGACCCAGGAUUCUCUUUCACAGACAUCAUCUGGGUGAUCCUCAGUGUGGAAGUUGGAGGACUUUUAGGAGUAACGCAGCAACUGUCAUCAUUUGAAACUGAGUUCAACACACAACCACAUCGCAAGGUAGAAGGAAACUUUAACCCGUUCGCCUCUCCGCAGAAGAACAGGCAACCAGAUGAAAACAACCUAAAAGACCCUGGGGGUUCUGAGCUAGACACAAUCAGCAAAAACACGUGGGGGCCUGCUCCUGACCAAAUUGAACAAGAUCAGACUGAACUGUCACAAAACUCUGUAAAUCUCUCCCCCAGCAGUCACUCGAACAACUUAUCAGUAGUGACAUACAGUAAGGUAGGUGCCCUGGGGGUACAGGAGAAUGGGGAGGUCAUGAGUCCAUGACCUGUAUUGUGAUGGUCCUUCCUUGCAAAUUGCAUGACUCCCCCUUGUGCCUCUGUACACUCCGCUUAAAAGGGCCUGCAUUUGGCUAUUCAUCUUACGAGUCCUUUCACUGAAUUAAAAGCAAGCUUAAACAAGACUAUUUUCAAAUGCUAAAACUAUUUUAACAUUCUGUUAAAAUAAUAUUCUUCAAAUGCUGCUUGCCGGAUUUGAGAAGGCAACAAUUUACAAAGCUGCUUUUUAAAAGUGCACUUAAAAUUGGAAGUAUAUUAGGUGGUAAGUGCUAAAAAUGUAGUCAACCAGAUUUGGAAGCUAAAAUGUAUGGAUAAGAGAAUAUUGAUCAGAAUAUGUUCCAGGUCUGUGCAGAGUGUGGGGUAGCCAGGUACACUUGCCCCAAGCCUUGGAGGGCUACCUUGGCAGGGGGCGGGGCUUUUUUGUUUGAGUUUAUAACUUUAUUCUAAAAAGACUCCCACCCUGGGCCUCAGACAAGCUCUGCAUAGACCUGAUGUGUUCACUUUUCAUUUCCCUUUUUGUUUCUACUUUACUUCAAAUCAUUGCUUAAAAUGGUUAGAUUCACUUGUUGCAUUUUGUUCUGAUUUCAUUGAAAACAUUUUGCUGCCUUUUGCAUAAAAAUAUACAGAAGCUUGUGGAAUCAUAGUUUACAUAAUCCAGUGUGGUGUAGAUGGUGUUUGUUUUUCCAUUUUCCACAUGGACAGGUCCAUUCAACAUGUUAUUCAGGGCCCUGAGGCAAUUGCCAGUUGGUGUAAGGUUUAAAAUAGGAUGAAUAAAAUGUAUUGAGCAGCUAAGGUAGAAGGAAGACAGUUGAAGCAGAUAGUGUACUGGUAGUGUGUGACUAAAGCUACUCUCAAAUGGAUUGGAUAAGGUGAAUUCAAGUUAUGACGAAGAGAGAACAUUUCUUGAUGCAAGUGAUGAUUGUAUCUUGGAGUAGUUAGUCAUAGAAUCAACAAGAGGAGAGCCAGCAAUUUAAUCCUAAACCAUGUCCAGGUUUCUAUGGAAGAUAUAAGUAUUGUUGAAAUACGUAGGCUGUGGUCACACUUUCUUUCAAACUCAGUGAAAAGUUGCUCCCAAGCUCCAGUACAGUCACAUUUACUUUCACAAGGUGGAAUUGCUCAGUUGGUUAAAAGGAAGUUAAGCGGUGGAAGGAUCACAUCUUUUUACCAGGGUGCAACACCCCACCUUCCCCCCAAAGUCCACAUUCCUUUUGAGAUAAUCUGUCAGGAGCAGCGUGUCACUAGUGGCAAGGAUCAGAGCUUUGCACUCACUCACACACCACCCAUUCAUUCAGACAUGCAUACACUCCAUUCACCCAUUCAGUCUUUCUCACAGUUGCAUGUGCUGCCUGCAUUUAUCAACAGUCACACCAGCCCCACAGUUGUUCUUUAUUCUGUCACUGUGUGCACUUCCUGUAGGAGACACCUGAAACAUUUACUAAUAGGACAUUGAAGACUCAGCUUACUCACAAACCAAACUCAAGCAAAAUGGCAAAUGGGGUAAGCCUCUAGAGGCCAGCAGACAGAUAGGUGCCUGGGGAAAAUGAGGGGCAUGGAAAACUAUCACUGGCUUAUACUAUAUCCAAUAUCAGAAGCACAGACUCUGAAUAUCAGUUCCUUAUGUUGAAUAUAGUGAUUGGAGGCAUUAUCAAGUUUAUUCAGUACACAAAAAUGAAGUUUUUGGUAUUUUGUAUUCCUUAGAGGCAAAAAGUAGCAACAAAAUUGCUUGACAAUAAAUUCUGCUUUGCAAUGCAGGAGUUUGUUAUUGAAUGCUAACAUUUUGAAGAGUGAGUGGGCAAAAAUCCCUUCCGGCCUAUCCUCUUUUAAAUGAUAUAUCCACUAAAUAAAACACCCUUCUUUGAACUCAAAGGCACCCUAUCAUUUCAUGCAGAGGGACUAGAUAAGCAUUUGUUUCUGUGACCUCUCUUACUCUGUAGUGCUUAAUAUUUUUUCUGUCAAAGCUUAGUGACUGGUCUGGGUCCAGCAAAUAAAGCAUUAUUGAAGAUAACCAGAUUUCGAUUUUAUCAGUAAUCUGAAUGGGAGACUACUUGAAGCCUUGUGUGUGAGAGAAAUACUUCAUUAAAACCCACAUUUUCACCAAAAAAACUCCACAAUCAAAUCAAUUCCAUAAAAUUUAUGUAUGCUUAAGUAUAAGAUGAAAGUUAAAUUUGUACAAAUAUUUACCACAUAAGGGAAAUUUUCUGAAUCUGAUCAAUAUUGCAUGUAACAUCUCCUUUACAUAGUAAAUAUUUGUCACAUUCACUCUUUCUCCCAAUAAGCCCAAAAUGGAAUGGCUUAAGUUUAUAUAAUCUUUUUUAAGCUGCCAUUUUUAUGCCUGCAGCUGCAAAAUUGCUCAGCAAGAACUUAUGGGUAAUAAAGCAUGUUUUUAAAGAAAGUGAGCAUGAUAUAUAGAAACUAAAAUCUAGCCCUUGAGCGGGAAUUAUAUUUGCUCUGUGUAUUCAUUUCAAUCUUUAUUCUAAAAUUUUCUUUCUGAAGAAUUCCUGCUAGAGUCAACUGGCUGAAUUCACUGGCUAGUCCCCACUCAUACUGUGUGCUAAGUAUAAAGUUCCUACAUUGAUAAGUGUCUGUAUGCAACUUAAGGGGACAACUUUAAAAUGUGAUUUUUCUCUGCCUACCCCCUAACAUUCUGAAGUGGUACAGUACAAAGAGGGAAGUAUGUGCUUUUUCUGAACAUGUAGAUCAGCUCCUUGUUUAAAUAGAAGAACAGAUGAAUAGUGGGAAAGAGCUUUGAGCUACUGCAUUAUAUUUGUGCAGCAUGCUUUGAAGGGGGAAAAAACUCUGUUUGUGUUGAGUUUACAUAAGUGAUUCAAAAGAGCUUUGGAUAGUUUGGAGAAGCACUGACCAGGAACGGGCCAGGAAGUGAUGAGAAAUAGAGGACGAUUGAGUAGUUCUAUCUGAGGCUGCCAUCAGUGUAAACUGGAAGACUUCUGUUUUGUUUUGCAGCCAUGCAUCAAAAGCUGAUGCCUUAAAAAAUAAAUAAACUGUACUUCUAUUUAUUCAAAUUACACCACAAACUAAAUAAAAAUAAAGCCAAUGAUGUUCAACUCCAAUCUUUUCUAUAUUAGAUACCUAAACUUGGAGAGAAACUUAAGUUAUGUUGGAAUUACGUUUCCCAGUUAACAUCAUUCCCAACAGUAAUGUUGAGUUAAGAGCUGGUUCUUACCCAAAAGUUUAAUUGGGUAGUGUUAUCAUUUUUUACUAAUUGGGAGGCACAUCAGGAAGUCAAUAAGAAAACUAAUGGGAUAAUUAUUUUUAUGAAGAAACUUUUGCACUACUAGAGUAAGCAUUCCACAGUAGAAAAAGGAGCAGUAUUUUCCAGAUUACUGAUUACUUCAGAACUUGUUACCAUCAAAGCACAGACCACCUAAAGUGAGGGCCACCAGUGUGGUCCAUAUCAGUGCCCUGGUGCUCACAAAGUCCUUCAUUGGCAUUGCUGGGCAGGGUCCCCAGACUCUAAGCUUUUAUUUUUUUAAAAAAAGAAAAAAUGGUAAAUCUCUAGUCCUCCUAGAAAGAAAGUUGUAAAGCAAAUGUGCAGGUACCAUUCUAAGCAAUUUACGUAUGUGAAAUGAGCUCCCAUCUGUCAUUGUUUUAGCCAAAGGGCAAAGUCAGAGCUGUGGCUGAUAGGUAAGCUAUUUGGACACCAAGCAUUAGGAAUCCCUUGAGUCCUAAAGAGUUGCUCUUUUCUCCUCCUUUAGUUCGCUUUUCCAGCUUCUGUCUUAUUUUCCAGUCCUUGAAAUCUCCAUAGUUUGCCUUUUGUUCACCCCUCUAAUUUAUGCCAUGUCCCCCAUGGCAGCCAUGUUGUGACUAGCAGCCAUAGCACUCUCUCAAAAAUCAAAAUGUGCCCACUGGUCUAAAAAAGUUGGCAAUCCCUUGCCUAAAGGAUGUAUCCUAUAGCAAAUGAAGCUGCUUAUAGCUACAAGAGUCAAGCGUGUAACUGGCUAUCCACUUGUUAUUGUCUCUGCUAUUAAUAUUUCCUGGGUAUAUCUAAGAGAGAUCUUAUUUGCAGAAUGCAAUGCAACACAACUGAUUUCCAGAUAAUAAGACUGUGCAAGAAAGGUAAAGGAACCCCCUGACCAUUAAGCCCAGUCACGGACAACUCUGGGGUUGCGGCACUCAUCUCACUUUACUGGCCGAGGGAGCUGGCAUUUGUCCGCAGACAGCUUCCGGAUCAUGUGGCCAGCAUGACAAAGCUGCUUCUGGCGAACCACAGCAGCAUACGGAAACGCCAUUUACUUUCCCGCCAGAGUGGUACCUAUUUAUCUACUUGCACUUUGAUGUGCUGUCGAACUGCUAGGUUGGCAGGAGCAAGGGACUGAGCAACGGGAGCUCACCGCGUCACGGGGAUUCGAACCGCUGACCUUCUGAUCGGCAAGCCCUAGGCUCUGUGGUUUAGACCACGGCACCACCCGCAGAUAAUAAGACAGUGCAAUAGUGACUGACAAAUAAUGUGUAUGUAUAUUGCAUAUAAGAGAAAAGAAUAUGGUAGUAGAGCAGAUACUUUGCAUGCAGAAGGUCCCAAGUUCAAUCCCUGGCAUCUCCAGCUUGGGCUGGGAAGGACUCCCUGCCUGAAAUGCUGGAGGACCACUGCCAGUCAGUGUUGCCAAUAGUGGGGCUAGGUGGAUCAAUGGUCUGACUUGAUAUAAGUCAGCUUCUUAUGUUCCUAUAUUUCUGGAAAGUUUAUAAGGCCAACUAAAAUAUAUCACUCUUGGACUUCACUUCCCCACCAUCCCUGGUGACCUCUUAAGAAAAAAAUGCAGUAGCUUCAUAUUAGUACUUCAGGGGUUCUGGUAAAAAAUAUCUAUAAAUUGCUAUUGGGCGCUUGGUCUUUCAGAGCCUAAAAACUGAAUGUUGUCCUAGCAUUUGAAAUGUAUGCCAGAGGUGAGUUAAGGUAGAAAACAAAUAUGAUGAUGUCAUUUGUAUUUUAGAGGAGAUUUAUUUGAAGAAUGCACUGUUUUAGAAUGAUGCUUUGGUAGAGUAAAGAGUGGCUGAAACAUUGUGGAUUGGAAAUGAUAGGUUUAUAUGCCUCUUAUUAUAUAUGGUCAUAAUUUAGAAAUUAAUUUGUGCCUGUUUUACCAAUGGUGGCCAGCUAAUGAAUAGCCAUAAUUGAAAACCUGUAGAAGUGUGGCUUAUAUUAGUGCUGCCUACCUUGGUUUAAGUCAUGUGAAGUUGGCUCAUUGCAAAUAGGCUUUUGAAAGUUUAUUGUAUGCAUGUUUUGGAAUUUGAAGAAGGUCAACUCUGCUAAUACUGCCAAUUCUGGCUUGCCACAAAACAUGCAUGAGGUCUGCAACUCAAUAUGGCAUCUUUGACUGGGGAGACAGAAUCAAUCUUUAAGCCUAGUGAGCAGUUUUGUUUGUGCAUAAACCGUUGGGGCUAGGACUGUUUUUGGUUCGUGAACAUGAGCUUUAAAGAUUUAAAGAGCCAUGUAGGGAACUUAAUUGCAUUGUUAUAGCAUUCCAGGAGUUCAUUAUACCAAACCUCUUGAAAGUAUUUAAUAUCCCAAACUGGAACUUCACUUCAAUGAUUUUGUCAGUGUUCUAGAUUUUUCUUUGGGCUUAGUAUGACAGGUGGCAAGGGAAUAUGUUUUGACUGUGUAGACAUUGAAAUGUAGCAUUGAAAUGCAGAAGAGAAUAGAAUAAAAUGAAAUGAAUUGUAUGACCCUUUGUAAAAAGUGAUAAAUGGCUUUAGAACAUAGGUUGUAGAGGAUUUCAUACACUUGGGAUGUUGUGGUCACAUUGGAACAGACAUUGCUUAGUUUAUUCCCCUUUCUGAAAUUAAUUUUUGUCUCUAAUUCUUUUCCAGGGUUUUCACGGUCCUUAUCCCUUUGGACAGUCUUAAAAACAAAAACGGGUAUCGUCGAGAAGAGAAUUUGACAAAGAAUGGACUUGGGAGGGAGGGGGAGUUCUUAUGGCUUAUAGAAGAUACAACAUGAACCCCCUUCUUGGUCUCCAUAUCCUGAGAUAAGAAGAAAACAAACAAUAACUUAAGACUAGUUGUUUCCAGAAAAAAAACAAAACUAAAGUAUGCAUGUGUGAAUGCUGAAUUUCAGGAGUGCUGUUCAGUGCUAUGAGAGAGAAAAAUACACCAAUGUUUUGUUUAGAAGUCAUUGUCACAGUUAAUUAGGUAGCCUAAAAGAAUUUUUUUAAAAAAAGAUUAAAAUGGAAAAGCCAUCUCUUUUUAAAAGAAAUUAUUUUGCCUACAGAGAGGUUGUAGUCUGAGCAAAUGUUAAUUUUUCGUUCCUUGUUCAUAACUUUUUAAAAAAGGGACAGCGUGCAUUUUCAUGGAGAUGUGCUUGCUAUGAAAUGGAAGCUUGCUUAGCAUUUUCUUGGUUAGUGCAGCUAUUUGUUUGUCAGAUGGUAUUAAUUUCUAGCUUGAUCAGUAUCCAGAUCCAUAAAUUUUAAUGACGUCUUUUUCCCCCUUUCUUUCUUUUGGUUAUUUGCCUUUAUUCUGCUUUUAGUAUCAUUCUUCUGGGCAUGGUGUGCAUUAGUCAUCUGCUAGUUCUUUUCUGUUUGGUUGCUCAGACCCAGUUUUGCCAUUUGUUGUGCAGGGCAAGAAUGUCAAGAGGGUAAAAACACUGAGCUGAUGCAAGAGGGGUGUCUUGUGCUUUGAUUGUGGCACAUGCUCUUAUUUAAAUUCCAAAGUUUGCCCUGGACAGUUAGCAUAUUGAAAUAUUCCCAUGUUCAUUAAUGUACGGUAACUGUCUUUGAGACAGCUAUGCAUGUAUAUGUCACUUUUGUGCCAAGAAGAAAAAUUAUUUUUCGGAGUGGUAGAGCACCAAUUAUUAAAUUUCCAUGACACUUCUAAGAUGUAAAUUUCACAUCUUCUGUUUUAUAUUGGAAUGAUUACUUUGAGUCUUCAGUGAUAAAAAAAUAACUAGCUUCUUGGCAGAGACCAAAUUGCUUUGAACAUAUGGGAGAAAGAAGAACCAUCAGCAGCCAUUCACAGCAAUUCCUUCUGCUUAUCAGCUUGUUUGAUCUCUGAACACUUCGAUUUAUAGACUGGUGUGUGUGUGUGUGUGUGUGUGUGUGUGUGUGUGUGUGAAGGGUGUGGAACUGUUUAAGAUCUAACUGCGUAUAGCCCAUGAAGAAUGAUAGCCAUAUAAUUGAGGCCAAUCUGUCCAAUUCCAUAGAGAAUUAGCAGAGCAUGGUCUCUUGAAACUCUUGGGUUUUGCAUCGGUUUAAGGAGGAGGGGUUUUUUGUCUAAUUCAAAAACUUGAACUAGGCCACAGCAGCCAUCUGCCAAAGAUAGAAUAAUAUGCAAUGCCUCCUUCCUUUCAUCUCGCUUAGAAGAUCAAACUCCCUGGUCUGAGAUAGUGGAAGUAUGAGUAUGCACUGAUGGGGGUGAUGUAAGGCCUGAAGUAACAUGCAUUGAGCUACCUUGUUGGGUUGAUUUGCAUACGAGGCCUUUAUUCUUCUGUAUAGCUGACCACAACCCUGUUUCCCAUCAGAACAUAUAUAUAUAUAGCACCCAAAGUCUAAAUGGAUCUGGCUAGGAUCCUAGUAGGCAGAUGUGUAGGUAUUCAGUCUUCUAGGCCAGCUCAGCAUCUAAUUUGAUGUUUUCACUUUUGAAGAAUUGUAUAAUUUUUUUGCAUCCCAACUAAUUUGAAGAGUGUAGAAACUAUGGAAUACCUUCCUUUAACUUUCCCCCAGCUUGGCUCCCCAAAUUCUUAUCUUAAUCAUCAUAAGCAGCAUAUUAUUCAGAUGCAAAAUAAGGUGUAGAAACUGAUUAUGUAUAGCAUUAGUCAUGAUAAUUGGUUUUUAUUUAUUUUUCCUGCCCUGGGCAAGCAACUUUUUUGAUACGCAAAGAAAAGACUGAGUACACUGUAUGGUUUUUGAGAUGAGUGUGUGUGAGAGAGAGAGUAACCUCUGGUGGCAACAUUGGAAGUCAGUGGCAACAACUGGCAGCUACUACAGUAAGCUAAGUUAAAACAGAUUCAGUUUUCUCUUUAGACCAAGUUAGGUAUUCAGAAACCUCACCAUCUAAACUGUCAAACAUUGUGGAGACUUUAGUUUUUUCAUAGUGCGGAGCAAAAACUGAUAUUUACUGCCCACUACUGUUCUUUUACAGCAAGUAGGGAUGACCAUUUCCUGCAAGUCAUCUCAAAUACUAUCUCCUCUUUUGAGUGCUGGUGACUUUUAUGAAUGAAACAGUCGUUCCACUGAAGAAAGCAGAAAUCACAGCCAGGGCCCAGCUUGGUUGCAGUAAAAGUAGUCCUCUUUAUUGUUGCUAGUUUCUGAGAUCUUUCUGGGGAUAAACAUUCCUCUCUCGGGGGAUGAUCUCUGUAUAAAUAGUUACAAAGGGCUCAUACCUGUUUGCAGGUAUUUUGAUUUGAGUGAUAAUCCCUUCAGUGAUGACAAUGGGAGGAUGUUUAAAAUGCUCACUGUUUUGUGUCUCGUUUCUUUUCUCAAAUAUUCUUCUCUUUAUACAAUACCUCCUUUAUUAUUCAUGGAGCUUCUUGGAACUCUGAUUUUAAAUUCAUUAGUUUUUAAGGCGUUUUUGAUGAUUUUGGAGCCAUUGAAAUGGCUGAAGCCAAAAUCAUGUUUGCUUGGGAGCAGCACUUUCAGACAGCUAAGGAGGGCAAGACAUUUUUGUGCCUAAGCAUAAAGGUUUGAUUUUCACAAAUGCAUAAUACUAGCUUCAUAAUUAUCAGGGGAAGCUGCCACCUUUUCCCCCUCCUCAACAGAUGACCUAUGGCUUCAACAGCAUGGGAAGCAGAAACACAGUAGAUGUAGCUUUACAUAGCAUGGAGGUGUAGGAAUGGGGGGUGGCUGCACCUGCAGAAUAGCUGAAUGUCAUAAAGGCACAACCCCUUUGUGAGAAAAAGGUGGCAAUGCUAACCAGUGCCUAGGUUUAACACACAGCACUUCUGUACAGAUAUAAUCACAUGUAGGGGAAACAGUGUAGACUGCUGAGUUUGGAAGUGGCAUGGGUAUUUAGAUUGCUUUGUUGCAAUUACAGGAAUCAGAGAGCCACUCAUAGCUUUAAAAUGCAUAUAUUGGCAAACACUCUUACCCACUUCAAAUAUUAUCGUGUAUAUGCCUCUCGUUCCCUCUUGCAUGAUCUGUAAAAAUACGUUGUGAAUAAAAUAACCCUUUUUACCAAAGUGAUACUGCUUGGACAUGGAGGAAGCUAAGCAUUGCUUGACCCAUAUCCCUGUUCCUGAAAUGUGACUGAUUCUUGCUCCCCCAAAUUUAGCUUGCUUCAUGUAACAAGUGUGGUUGGCUCUGGCCAUUUCCCUAGUGGUUCUCAUUCUGGAAGAAAUGAUGGAUUCCCGAGGAGGAAGAAGUAAUUUUAAUUUAACAAAGGGAAGUUUGGAUUUCUCAUUUGUUUGCAGCGUUCUUUUUUUAUUUUUAUUUUAAUGCAGAUUAAACUGUAACCCAAGCUGUUGGGUUUGAAAAUGUGCUGGCAACCUCUGCAUCUGAAAAUGUGACUGUGCCUGGGAGGCAAGAGCACCCAGUCUUCUCACUAGGAAAUUGAGCUGGCUUUGAGCCUUAGUGGGUGCGAGUAAGCUCUGUCUCUGUUUGGGGAUGGGUGCUAAGCCUGCACUGUCAGGUUGGGCCUAUGUUGUUGCUCCUAUUUGGGGCAGGUGAAAGGUGUAUCCUAAGGCCUCAGGGAUUUGGGAAUGUGUAUUCAUCCCACCCCCCAGCUGCAGAUGAGUGCGUCUUGAAUCUCUAUAGGUACAAGUGUAGCCGGAGAAGCCUGGGGCUAAGAAAUGCACGCUGUCCCAUGUAUGGGUUUCCAUUGUUUUUUCUCUUGUGUGAGUGAGUGGUUGAUUCUGCAGCCUGUCUUUAUUCUCUCUGGGGGGAGUGCAUGUGUAGAGCAGGAUGUGUGUUGCUUCAUUGAGUCUGGGAAGAAUCCUGUAAUAGCACAUUGUGGGGGAAAACAAAGAUGCUUUUUCCUUAAUGUAUAAAUGAAUAUUUGUAUGAUUAAAUUAACACAAAACAAUCUUAUACUUGAGUUUUUAUUGAAUGACCAAAGCUUGGACCUACAGUGCCUUUUCGUGGUUUAAAUGGUUCCCACUUUACUUUCCUUCUUUCCCAUUUGUUGGGGAGUAUCAUGCAAGCCAGGACUGAGCUGAAAACUCUGUGCUUAAUAAAUGAAAUAAAAUGAAUUGUGGUUA